UCAUUAUUUGCAGAAAGGCAAACAUCCUCGUUCAUCUCCUCCAUUUUCAGACGUCAGAAGAAAAUAUCUUCUGGUUGCAGAGCUUGCAAACCCACUUUCGUGGUUUAGAGAGAAAUGUCAGCCCCACGAUCAGAACCCAGCACCAAGCCCAAAGUGGUGUGCUGCAUUGGCGACAUCCACGGCCACAUAAACAAACUCCAAAGCCUCUGGUCCAACCUCCAGUCCCAAAUCGACCCACAGGACUUCAAGACCGCGCUCAUCAUCUUCCUCGGCGACUACUGCGACCGUGGGCCACACACCCGCCAGGUCAUCGACUUCCUCAUUCGCCUGCCCACAACGUACCCGGACCAGACCCACGUGUUCCUCAGCGGCAACCACGAGUUCGCUUUUGCCGCAUUCCUCGGAGUCCUGCCUCGGCCUCCGGACGAGGGGUUCGAGUUCUCGGAGGCGUGGAAGGAGUACGAGGGGAACGAGGAGCGAGAAGGGUGGUUCACUGGAAAUGGGUACGAGGAUAUGCACUUGCAAGGGAGGAUGUGGGGCGGGACUACCAAGGAUAGGUUCGAUGCAUAUGGGAUAGAGUUCAUGGGCUCGGUCUACGAUUCUGGGCCUACUUUUGAGUCCUAUGGUGUUCCUCAUGGGUCUGCUGAUUUGGUUAAGGCAGUUCCUGAUGAGCACAAGAAGUUUCUUGCUGAUCUAGUUUGGGUGCACGAAGAGGACGAUGUCUGUGUGGAAACAGACGAUGGGCUCCUACAUUGUAAGUUGAUUGCUGUGCAUGCUGGUUUAGAGAGAGACAAAAAUGUGGAAGAGCAGCUGAAUUUUUUGAGAGCCCGGGACACCCGAGUUCCCAAGGUAGAGGCUCUUAGCGGAAAGAAGAAUACAUGGGAUAUCCCAAAGGAACUGACUGAGAAUCCCACCAUUGUGGUGAGCGGUCACUAUGGGAAGCUUCACGUGGAAGGACUCAGGCUGAUUAUUGAUGAAAGCGGCGGACUAGAGGAAAAACCAAUGGCAGCAAUCGUGCUUCCGUCGAUGAAGAUUGUCCGUGAUACGGAUGUUUUGGCAAAAUAGUUUUCAAGCUUUUGGUGAAUAUUGAUCAUAAUGAAGUGUCUGUAUUCUUUAUUUCUAAACCCUGUGAAACAUAUGAUCAAGGGAAGAGGGAUUUUGACGGCCCCACGAUCACUGCCAAAUCUGUCCGGCAGUCCUGCCGCCGUCACUAAAUCGCUACCGCAGUGGAAUAUACUUUUCAAGACUUUACAAAACCAACCCAUCAAUAUUUAUUGCUUUAUUGGAAUAUGGAAAUAUUUUGUUUAAGAUGCCAUUUGAUUUUUGAACAUUCGUUGAGGAUGUGAUACUAACGAAUAAGACGACAGUUGAUUUCACUUUCAGAGCCC